GGCCGCCGCGGAAGUACGCGGAGGCGCGUGCGCGUUCAAGAUUCGGCUCCCCCCGUGACCGCCCACCGCCAUGGCCGAGGAAGGCAUCGCUGCCGGAGGUGUCAUGGACGUGAACACGGCCCUGCAGGAGGUGCUCAAGACCGCCCUCAUCCACGACGGGCUGGCGCGCGGCAUCCGCGAGGCCGCCAAGGCCUUGGACAAGAGCCAGGCCCAUCUUUGUGUGCUUGCAUCCAACUGUGAUGAACCCAUGUAUGUCAAGUUGGUGGAGGCACUUUGUGCUGAACACCAGAUAAGCCUCAUUAAGGUUGAUGACAAUAAAAAACUAGGAGAAUGGGUCGGCCUCUGUAAAAUUGACAGAGAGGGAAAACCCUGUAAAGUGGUUGGCUGCAGUUGUGUUGUGGUUAAGGACUAUGGCAAAGAAUCACAGGCCAAAGAUGUCAUCGAGGAGUACUUCAAAUGCAAGAAAUGAAUAAAUUAAGAAUUUUGGCAAAAAAAAAAAAAAAAAGAAAGAAAAGAAAAAUAAA